AUGGCGGCGGUGCGCUUUCGAAUUGUGCUAUUGCUGGCAGCAUGUUUGCUUCCGUUAUCUGCGGAUGCUAUGGUUCGCCACUACAAGUUCAACAUUGUGAUGAAAAAUGCUACAAGAUUGUGUUCAACCAAGCCAAUUGUAACUGUAAAUGGAAAAUUCCCAGGUCCCACUAUCUAUGCUAGAGAAGAUGACAAUGUCCUAAUUAAAGUUGUCAACCAUGUCAAAUAUAAUGUUAGCAUACACUGGCAUGGAGUUAAGCAACUUAGAACGGGUUGGGCUGAUGGGCCAGCGUAUAUAACCCAAUGCCCGAUUCAACCGAGCCAGACGUAUCUUUACAACUUCACUCUUAUAGGCCAAAGAGGCACACUUUGGUGGCAUGCUCAUGUUCUUUGGCUUAGGUCCACUGUCCAUGGUGCUAUAGUCAUUUUGCCAAAGCUUGGAGUUCCUUACCCUUUUCCCAAACCCCAUAUGGAACAAGUUAUUGUAUUGGGUGAAUGGUGGAAAUCAGAUACUGAGGCUAUAAUAAAUGAAGCUUUGAAAUCUGGAUUGGCUCCAAAUGUCUCUGAUGCUCACACAAUCAAUGGCCAUCCAGGUCCUGUCCAAGCAUGUGCUUCACAAGAAGGAUUCUCAUUGGAAGUACAACCUAAAAACACCUACUUACUAAGAAUCAUCAAUGCUGCACUCAAUGAAGAACUCUUUUUCAAAAUCGCAAACCAUCAACUAACAGUUGUUGAGGUUGAUGCAACCUAUGUAAAACCAUUCAAAACCAACACCAUUGUUAUAGCACCAGGCCAAACCACAAACGUGCUUCUAACAGCCGAAAAAAAACUCGGAAACUACUUAGUUGCAGCUUCUCCUUUCAUGGAUGCACCAAUAGUUGUUGACAACAAAACUGCCAUAGCCACUUUACACUACUCAGGCACACUUGGUUCCACAACCACAACCUUAACUUCCCUUCCUCCAAAAAACGCUACUUCUACCGCCAACACUUUCACAGAUUCUCUAAGAAGCUUGAACUCCAAGAAAUACCCUGCAAAGGUUCCUAUAAAGAUUGAUCAUAAUUUACUCUUCACUGUUUCUCUUGGCAUCAAUCCUUGUGCUACUUGUGUUAACAACAGCCGCGUCGUAGCGGAUAUAAACAAUGUUACAUUUGUGAUGCCGAAAAUCGCGCUUCUUCAAGCACAUUUCUUCAAGAUUAAAGGAGUUUUUAGCGAUGAUUUUCCGGGAAACCCUCCUGUGGUUUAUAACUUCACAGGGAACCAAUUGACGAAUUUUGCGACGACGAAAGGGACUAGGCUUUAUAGACUUGCUUAUAAUUCUACUGUUGAAUUGGUUUUGCAAGAUACCGGAAUGCUAACCCCGGAGAAUCAUCCUAUUCAUCUUCAUGGAUUCAAUUUCUUUGUAGUUGGUAGGGGACAAGGGAACUUUGAUUCUAGAAAGGAUACAAAGAAGUUUAAUCUUGUUGAUCCUGUUGAGAGAAAUACUGUUGGUGUUCCAGCUGGUGGUUGGACUGCUAUCAGAUUCAGAGCUGAUAAUCCAGGGGUGUGGUUUAUGCAUUGCCAUUUAGAAAUUCAUACAACAUGGGGAUUGAAGAUGGCAUUUGUUGUGGACAAUGGUAAAGGACCAAAUGAAUCUAUAUUACCACCUCCAAGUGAUCUGCCAAAGUGUUAA